AUGCCUGGUACUCCGGCUGCCCUUGGUGCCAGUCUUUCUGGCAAGGAUCGCGGUAUCUUUCAUGUCGAGAAGGCAGAGUACUGGAGAUUCAUUCACAUCACUCUCACCAAGGGCCCCUAUGCAACUAUGAGACUGGCUUCCACAUGCAGAACAGGCAUCUCGAACAACGAGAUCGUUUAUCUUGACACCCAUAACAACGCUGAUCCACGCAACAAUGGCCAAAAUGCAGAUGGUAUGGCUAUCAAGGAAGGCUCAGGCACUGGGAACAUCAUCCGUGGUAUUCGCAGCUACGAGAAUUCUGAUGACUGUAUCGAUCUGUACGAGUUCAAAUCUUCUGUCACCAUCCUUGAUAACAUCAUUUUCGACAAUGGUGUGAACCGCGGGAACUUCAACCCUUACAGAGGAGAUGGCAUUGGCAUCAAGCUCGGCGGUGGAUCACCCGCCAACCGAGCCAACGUCAACCAUGUCGCUCGCAACAACUUCUCCUUCCGUAACCGCCGUGGCUUCAGCGACAACAACAUGCCCGGUGACAUGACUCUCAUCCACAACACUGCUUGGAAGAACCGCGAGGAAGGUUUCAACCAACGCUCUUCCAAGGCUACCUAUGAGAACAACCUUGCAGCCAACAAUGCCGGCUCCAGCAGCCUGAGCAAGCAGAACACGCUCACUUCGGUGAAGGGUAAGGGCAACAAUUGGGAGAGGGGUGGAUCUUGGCAGGAUGCAGACUUCAAGGCUACCUCUACUAGCCUUAUCAAGGGACGUCGACAGGCGAAUGGCAAGAUCACUCGAAGUGACUUUCUUCGCCCUGCUGAUGGAGGAAAUUACGGAGCCACCACUCACUGGGUCUGA